AUGGAGAACAAAGAAAUAAUAAAGCUGAAGAAAUGGAAUCUGGUUGCCCUUUGGUCUUUGGACAUGAAGAUUGAAACCUGUGCAAUCUGCAGAAACCACAUCAUGGAUACCUGUGUGGAGUGCCAGAACGGGCUUAUAAACAAUGACGAAUGCAAGGUAUCUUGGGGUGUCUGCAACCAUGCAUUCCAUACCCAUUGUAUAACAAGGUGGUUGAGCUCGAAAAACGUCUGCCCCUUGGAUACAAAGAAAUGGGUUUACUAUGACCCGGAGGAAAAGCAAGAUGCAAAAUAG